AUGCCAGUGUUGCACUAUUCUAAAGAGAGACAACCAUUGAGUUCCCCGUUUCCAAUAGUGAAACAAAGAAUCGUAAAGGUAUCCGUGACAAAUCCCAGCAUCAGACUUGGGGGAAUAUUUGGAAGACGACAAUUCACAGAGUAUGAAAUAACAGUUCAUAUCUGGUGUCCAUUCUCUUGUAAGAUGACAAAUGUGGUCGUGAAUAAACGGUAUUCGGAUCUCCGGAGAUCUUAUGAAAAAUUACAGGCACUUUUAUUAGUGACGACGAAUUCACAAUUAGAUCGAGUAAGAUUGCCACCACUUCCUGGAAAACAAAUUCAUGGUGGUUAUUUUGAACUUCAAUUCGAUCUUUUGCAACGGAGACGAGCGCUUCAAGCAUUUCUCUGGAACAUUGCACAACUAACAACAAUUAGAGAAUUUCUACAGUUUCUAGGUGAAGAUCUUUUUGACGAUAUGAAUUUAUCUAUUGAUAAUCAUAGCAAUUUCGACAAAUUAACCACCUCGUCACACAUUCUAUCCAUCAAUCCACGAAUGUACGCGACGGCUACCAAACGGCAUCGAAGACACCUUUGUCUACGGAAGGUGAAACCGUUUCAAGUCAUCGCUGAAUUGAGACUUGGUGGGUAA